CAAAUAAAAUUAAAGCGAAGAGGUGGGGAAGGAAAUAGGAGCACAAGCUUAAUCAGAGUUAGAAAUAGGCAGUCCUGGUGCAGGAUUGUUCUAGAAGAUGUGUAGUUCUUAUUCUCCAGUGUCACAGUCCUUCGUCAACACCAUGUCACGACUUUCCAGAGUUACUUUGCAGCUCAUCUUUACCCAUUUUUAUUCAGUUACUUUGUUUUGAUAGGAAGUUAUUGCUGUAUAUCUUUUGUCAGUUGCUGCUUGGUCAGAUGAGGCAUAUGUAGGCUUUUCUUUGGGUUUCUGUACUAAUCAGUGAGUUAUUAGUUGUUUUAACUUGCACUUCUGUAGAGUUUGUCCAGCUUGCUCAGUGUGUUUCAGCUAGCCUCGGGCUUGGAACUAAGCACCUACUUUCAGAUGUGAUGAUCACUCUACCCCUAAUCUUGGAAUGGAACAGCCUUGGUGUGUGGGAGGAGGGCUUCUCCUUUUUCUGCCAAGGACUGGGAGCAAACAACUUUCUCCAGCGGCUAGAUCUGCGUAAUAACCAGAUCAACCAUCAAGGGGCCGGGGAACUGGCUGUGGCACUGAAACAAAAUGCCAGCCUUCAGGAGCUUGAUUUGCGUUGGAAUAAUAUCGGGCUUCUGGGUGGCCGAGCUUUGCUGAACUGCCUGCACAGCAACAGGACCCUGAAGAGGCUGGAGCUGGCUGGGAACAAUGUUCCUAGUGACAUCCUGAAAGCUGUGGAACAAGCCAUGGAUCACAACCAAGACCGACAGACUAUCCUGAGUGAGACCCAGAACCGAGCAUACAUACUCAGCAAGGAGGUUUUGAGUCUGAAGGAUGAGAAGACCAAGCAGUUCUUGGACUUGAUGGACACUAUAGACAAGCAGAGAGAAGAAAUAGCCAGGAGUGGCAGGAUGUCUGCAGCACGAGUCAGACAGCUACAAGAAGCAUUGGAUGAGCAGCACUCUAUUAUGAAUUCACUGAAAGCCAAGCUGCAGAUGACUGAAGCUGCCCUGGCUCUGUCUGAGCAGAAGGUGAACAAUUUGGGAGAGCUACUGAACGCCACAAAACAGGAACAAGCCAGCAUGGCUGAGUGCCACUUUACAGAGCUCCAGCAGCAAAAGCAGGAAGGUGCUGAUCGGGAAGGCAAGCUUUUGCGUGACUUGUCUGCGGCCAGUGAGAAAAAUCUGCUUCUAAGAAACCAGGUGGAUGAGUUGGAGAAGAAGUGCAAAGUUCAGCAGGAUCAGCUGUUCCAGGUGAAACAAGACUUGACCAACACAACAGCAGAGCUGAAGCUGCGGGCCGUGCAGACUGAGGAACGUCUGGAAAUGGAGAAGAGAAGAUUUAAACAAAGCCUUGAAGACAUGGAAUCCCUUCGGGUAAAAGAGGUGGAUCAUAUGACACAGCACAUUGAGACCAGUGAACGUUCCAUGCAGGACAGGAUCCAGAGACUGGAAGCCAUGAGGAUAGCUCUGGAGGAGGAGCUGAGCCAAGUCAAAGCAGCAGCACUUGCUGAACGAGGCCAGGCAGAGGAGGAGUUAAUAAAAGUCCGGAAUCAAGCACGGUUGGAGGAGCAGCAACGACUCGAACACCUAGAAGAGAAGCUGAGGCUGAUGACUGAGUCACGUGAUGAAGCUCAGAACUGCUGCCUUAAGCAAAAACAAAUGGUUGCUGAGGCUCAAGCCAAAGCCAGUCAGUUGAGCCUGCAUGCUGAUGGACUCAGAAGGCGGAUAGAGGAACUUCAGCAGAAUCUGAACAGUAAGGAAGAGGAGAAAGUGAUAGAGGUGAAUAAAGUGAAAGUGGAAUUACAGGAGCAGAUUGGACACCUGCAGGCUGAACGCACAGCACAGGAUGGGAUGAGAGAGAAGAUCGCAGCCCUGGAGAGACAGCUGAAAGCCCUAUCAAGUAGCCACCGCGAGGCACUGCUGGACAAAGAAGGUGAAAUCUCGAUGCUGCUGGAGAAGCUGAGAAUGAAAGAGGCUGACAUCUCCAGGAUGAGGGAAGAAGAGGCCCAGCGAGCAAGUUUCUUGCAGAAUGCCAUCAUGGCAUAUGUGCAGGGCUCCCCCUUGGGAACCCACAGUUCUAGGAAAUGAGAAUGUGGCUUAAAGAAUCCAGAUACCUGCUGUCAGGAAAAGGGUGAGCAACUUAGGUACAGCCCCUUCUUUCUAAGUGGGACAGUUUUGUCAGAGUGGGAUGAUGUGAAGGGUUGCAAACACAGAAAAUUGCUUUUGCUCUUCAGAAAUCUUGUUCACAACCACAUAAAGGAGAGGAGGAAACAACCAUCCAGGGGUGGGAUAGAGGCUCGUGAGUCUGAGUUGAUGAUGUGGACCCUUUCCCCUGCACUGCUCUACAGUAUCUGACGUAGUUUCUUUGUCCUUUCAUACAGCACCAGUCUGUUGGCACACCCUAUUGUUACCACGGGGUUGUAUGUUCCCUGAGCAGCAGUCCUUCUGAAGCAUUUGUUUGGAUGGCAGGGCUGUUCACAGUGAGACCUGAUAAAUGAUGGGCAGCAGUGUUUACAGUUCCCUGUAGGUGGGAGCCAAUACUUUGCUCAUGUGAGGUCUGGAAGCUGCUGAAAAAACCAGAUCUUUCCUACCUGUGCUUUUAUACUUGCUGCUUACAGAUGAAAGCAGCAACUGAGAGGGCUCACUUCGGCUCUUUUACGCUGCCCCUCCAUGGCUCUGGCUGUAGUGAUGAGCAGAAGAUAAGCAUUCAUUAUAUAUAGAAACAUAAGCAGAGGGGAAUUGCUGCGCAGUGGCUGUCCAUACCCUUGUUGGACAGCUAGGCUUUGGCCAUGGUUCAAGACUUUCCAACAUCAACUGGCAUGGAAAGGGUGGGGUAGGGUGUCGGGGGUCAGCAUCUGUGCUUCCUUACUGUGAACUGCAGCCCUUGGCUGGAGUUUUUGUGGCCAAAAUGCAAGAGGAUUUCAUUCCGCUGUGACAAAUGGCAAAGCUGUCCUACUGGUUCCUUGGGAUCCUGGAGCUGCAUGCUACUGUUUUCUGGGCCUCACCCUGGAGAGGAGCGAUGCUUCUGACUUGCCACUGGGGAGUUACUUCUCAAAGCACAAAGGGGAGGAGGUGCUUCCUUUUCCUGGCAACACAGGUCCUCCUGUGCCAUGGAGAAAGGGAAGGGAUGUGAGGGUCUGAGUCAGAGAAAGUGGAGACUUUUGUCGGGGCAGCAAUACAAGAGCUUCCUCUUAGUUUCUUAUUUGAGUCUGUGGUGGGAGAAAUGGACCUGCGGUACAUAUUUUAAGAGGCAACUGGAAAAACAAACUCUAUGUGCGGACUGAUUGGUUUGUGUUUGUGAUUUUUCAUAUUUGGUUUUGCUCUGCAUUUUUAAUAAAGAACUUUUGCAUUUUGCUGUAA